CCGCCAUUUCUGUAACUCCUCCAAAACAAGAAUUACCUUUUGUACAUGUGAAUCAUAUUCAUCCUCGUGAUCUUGCCCAAAGUACCUUUUUUGCCUUACAUAGACCUUUACUGACUUUUGGAAGUGAACAACCAGCGAUGGACAGUGUCCAACAGCAGCACGAGGAAGAAG